AACAAAUUAUUUAACGCCUUUAUGUCUCGUGCCAUUUCCUGAUGGCUUAUAACUGCAGCAUUCACUAAUUUCUGAUUGUUCGUGUGAGAUGUCUUUCAUAUGUAUUGUUCUGAGCCUUCUGGUGUAUCCUUGCUAUGGUAUUAAUAAUAUAAGAGAACUUGUACCGAAAGAAGCCCCGCAGAACUUGAGUAUCAUCGAAAUACACGGAAAAUACCUACAGGUCGAAUGGGAUCCAGUACCGCCAGAAUCAGUGAGGGGAACUUUCAGGGGUUACUUGGUGCGAAUUUGGAACCAUGCUUCCAGUCAAGUUUACGCUGUACCACCUCAGGUCAAUAGAGCUAGUAUAGAGUUCUUCCCUUACUCAAGAAAUUUCGUAACUGUUUCUGUCAGAAAUAAUAAGUUCAUAGGACCACCAAGCGAUGCCAUCAACUUUGACGCCCCACAAGGAGCUCCCAAUUAUCCCACACUUUUUGAGGCCCACCAAAUAGGGAACAGUUCCCUCUUGCUGCAGUGGAAUAUGCCAACUCAACCAAACGGAAUAUUACUCGGAUACAAAAUCUACUGUACCGAAGUCAACUCAACUUACGUGAAUGACGCAACAGCCUUUUCAUUUAUUGUUUUGGAUCCACUUAAAUUCCAGACGAAGAUCUCCGAUUUGACCCCAGGAGCUACAUAUAAAAUUGGAGUUGCAGCCAUAAACUGUGUAGGAGAAAGCUUGACCAACUAUCUCGAUAUUCAGAUAUAUCCUCAUUAUCCUUCUCAACCUUCGGUACCAGAUUUCAAGUACAACAUAAAUUACGUAGAAAUAGAUACUGAAGAGAUAUGUAUCGAACCAGUUGACCACUUUGAGAAAGAAGAUAACGAGUUCUACCUAACCAACAUGAAUAACGAGCGGUCUGCCAAAUCUUCAAAACGAGAGAAUCCUUGCUACGUGACAACGAGAAUAACAUGGAUACCCGAUAUUGGAAAGAACCCAGGAUCCCAUUUCUACGUGAAAUAUAAAAUGAAAGGGGCUCCUGAUUACUUCGUUACAGACCACGAAUUUAGAAACGACUUCAUGCUGCUAAAACAUUUCGACGCUUGCCAAAGUUACGACAUAAUUGUCGUUUCUGUGGACGACGAGUUCGAAACAGAAAGUAAAAAAGUUGAAACUCCUGUCAUGAGUUUUCCACCGAAGAUAAAUAGUAUAUAAACAUUUUAAAUGAU